AUGAACGACCUGCUGUUCGCCGUCAAGGGCCCCAGCCCCAACGGCGCCGGCCCCAGCGGCGGCCCCGGCGGGCAGCGCCCGGGCGGCGGGCCGGGCCUCGGAUAUGAUGUGGAAGCCGGGUACUCGGCGGCGCAGAGCGAGCGCGGCAAGGAGAUGGACGAGUUCUUUGCCAAGGUCGAGGAGAUCAAGGGCGACAUGCAGGAGAUCAAGGGGCGGCAGCGGGAUAUACGCGCGAUGCACGAGCGCAGCAAAACGAUCGUCCGACAGAAGGAGAUGCAGCGGCACAGAGAGGAGAUGCAGGCCGUCAUCAACGAGGUCAACGUGCUGGCUCAUAAGGUCAAGUCAAAGGGCGGUGGCGCAGAGGUUGAGCUCUUCAGCAUGGGCAGGGGGCCCUGCGCAGCGGCAGCCGCUUUGAAAGUCGAGGCCCUGGACCGCCUGAACGAGCAGGCGCUGACAAAGAAGGGGCAGGGCCUGGGCAGCGCGUCCGAGCGCACGCGCACGUCCAUCACCGCGGGGCUCAAGCGCAAGCUGAAGGACCUCAUGGGGGAGUUCAGCGAGCUGCGGGCAAAGGCGAGCGCAUGGGGGGCGCGGGCCAGGUGGCGCCGGCGAGCGGGCGCGGGCGCGACUGGGGCCGCGCGCGCGCCUGAAGCGGGGCUGGGCGCGGCGCUGGCGUGGAUCCAGGAUGAGUACCGGGAGGUGGUGGAGCGGCGGGUGUACACGGUCACGGGGCAGCACAUGCCUGAGGAGGACAUCGAGCGCAUGAUAGAGACUGGCGAGGCUGAGACGAUCUUCCAAAAGGCCAUCCUGGAGCAGGGCCGCGGCCGCGUGCUGGACACGCUGGCGGAGAUCCAGGAGAGGCACAGGGCUGUGAAGGACCUGGAGCAGAGCCUGCUGGAGCUGCACCAGAUAUUCCUGGACAUGGCAGUGCUGGUGGAGGCGCAGGGGGAGAUGCUGGACAACAUCGAGAAGCAGGUGUCGCGCAGCGUGGAGUACGUGCAGUCCGGCACCAGCGCUCUGCAGGACGCGAAGCAGCUGCAGAAGAGCACGCGCAAGUGGAUGUGCUGCGGCAUCAUCACGCUGCUCAUCGUGGCCGUCGUGAUCGUGCUCGUCGUCGUGAAGCCGUGGCAGUUUGCGUCCACCUCGCAGGGCGGCGGGAGCAGCUCGGCGCCAGCGCCGGCGCCGGCGCCCUCAGGAUGA